UCCAGAAGUGUGAGAGCCCAGACUCCUGUACCCGAGGCUGCCUAGCGCGCCUUACAGAGAUAGGGCCAUGGCCAGGACGGCUGUGGUGACGCUGCUGCUACUGGUGGUGACCUCGUGCACCACCACCACCACCACCACCUCCAGCACCUCCACCUCCAGCACCUCCAUCCCCUCCACCACCACCACCACCACUACUACAAACCCCACCACCACCCCCUCCACCACCACCACCACCACUUUCUCCACUAACCCACCAUCCACCACCACCACCACCACCACCACCUCCACCACCAGCGCUGCACCUCCAUCCACCACAGCGCUGGAGGAGGUGAAGAAUGACAUCACUCAGAAAGACACUCCCACGGAAGGCCUAACGGAGGUGACGUCACGAGUUAACGACGUCACGAGCCAGUCAGGCCCCAUCAAGCUAGGAAGAUGCCCCACCCGGCUGAUGGACGCCUCGCUGUGUCCCGAAGGCGUGGAGGACCAGUGCGGCAGCGACGGGGACUGCGCCGGCGCCGGGAAGUGCUGCUCCACGGGCUGCGCGAAGGUGUGCAUCCGACCCGUCAAGUCAGCGUGCGAGGUCAAGCGGGAGAACACCCUGAGGAGAGCUCGUGACCUGGGCCUCGACGUCAACACUCUGCCCGAGAUCGACUGCGACUCUGAAGGAGGUUUCGCGCCCGUGCAAUGCGAGAGUGAGCGAUGCUUCUGCGUGGACCAGCGGACGGGCCUCGAGCUGCCUGGAACACGCGCGCGCAGCCUCGAACUCGUCAACUGCACUGCGCCCCGCCCCUGCGCCGCCUACCAGUGCCGUAUGCUGUGUCCUUACGAGUUCGAGCUGGACGAUGAAGGCUGCCCGCUCUGUAAGUGCCGAGACCCCUGCUUCGGCGUGACCUGCCCCGGGGACACGACCUGCACCCUGGAGGACGAGGCCUGCGACAUGGAACCCUGCCCGCCCCUGCCCACCUGUAAGAAGCCGCGCAGCCUGUCCAGUCUGUGCGCGAUGGGCGAGCCUCUGAUGAUCGGGGACGGGCAGCAGCGGCCCUUCCUCUGCGGCGACGCCCCCGGCACGCCCUCCUGCCCCACGCUGUACAAGUGCAACGUGCAGCCCGGGCGUGACUAUGGCGUGUGCUGUGCCGCCGUGGACGAGCUGAAGAAGCCAGGCCAGUGUCCGGUGGAGGGCGGCGGCGGUGUGGUUGGCGUGGGCGGCGAGGAGGAGGAGAUGCGGUGCGGCGCCUCCUGCCUCCACGACCUCCAGUGUCCCUCCACCCAGAAGUGCUGCAUCUCCGACAUCUGCGGCCAACACUGCGUCCAGCCGGCUAAUCUGACAGCGUGUCUGCAGCAGAAGAUGAUCGCCGAGCUGCUGGUGGUGACGGAGCGGCAGGGGAAGGGCUACGUACCUCAGUGCAAGGAGGAGGACGGUCUCUAUAUAGCUCGCCAGUGCUCCAGGAACGGCCUCAUCUGCUGGUGCGUCGAUCCGCAAGGAAACAAGGUGCCUCGGUCCCUCGGCGCCGCCCACGAGGUCUCCUGCGACAAUGAAACACGCGUAGAGGCGCGGCGUGCGUGUGACGGUGAGUCGCUAUGCACGGCCUCCUGCGAGUACGGCUACCAGCUGGACGCGCUCGGCUGCCCCACCUGUACGUGCGAUGACCCCUGCCAGGAGCUGACCUGCCCCGAGGCCUCCACCUGCGUUAUGCGGAACGACCCGGGAUGCGAGGGGCCGCAGUGCUCCGCCGUGCCCAUGUGUCUCUCCAACGACUCCGACGAGAUCCUGCACCCCUCCACCACCACCACCACCUCAAGCACCACCACCACCACAACCACCACCCCCUCCACCUUCACGGUAGCCCCCGCCUGCCCCAACGACCUCACGCCCCUGUCCGUGGGUAGCGUGGUGGCGGUCUGCGGCCCCGACUCGCCCUGCCCCUCAGACUACAUGUGCACGCCGCCCGCGGACCCCAACGCCGAACCAGCCUGUUGCCCCGUUGUGUCCAUCAUAGAGAACACCAAGCCCGGCCAGUGUCCCUUCGUGCGGUCGGCGAGCGCUGAGCUGUGCGGCGGCAAGCGAUGCUCCGCCGACUCCGAGUGCGGCGACAACCUCAAGUGCUGCGUGGUGCCCGGCUGCGGCCCCUCCUGCGUGCCGCCCCAGAACCUGCCCCUUGAACACGGCCUGCUGCAGGGACCUACGAUGUGUGAGUACCUGCGUGACCUGGUGGAGCUGGAGGGCGUGACGCUGGCCGUGCCCACCCCCGCCUGCGACGAGAACGGCGCCUACCUCACCGUGCAGUGCAACACCCUCGGCCAGUGCUGGUGUGUGGAUGACUUCGGCACCAUGAUCCCGGGCACCAAGGCCUCGUCGCGGGAGCUGGUGGUGUGCGACAGGCAGCGCGUGGAGCGGGGCUGCGGCGAGAUGCUGUGCCGAAUCGGAUGUGACUACGGCUUCGUGCUGGACCCCGUCACCGCCUGCCCGCUCUGCCAGUGCCACGACCCAUGCCAGGAGGUAGAGUGCCCCGCCAGCCACGUGUGCCAGAUGGUGGACAUUCCCUGCGUGGACGGCGUGUGCCCGGCGGUGCCCCAGUGCGUGCCAGUCAUGGAGGCGUGGUCGGCGCCCGCCUGCCCCCUCGGUGACCCCUACACGCUCCCCGCGACCAACGCAACCCUCGCCUGCAGCCCCCGUGCCCGCGCCCUCGAGUGUCCGCAGGGGUACUCAUGCCUGGCGGAGGAUUCAGGCGUGGAGGGUGUGUGUUGCCCGAGUCCAGGCGCCAGCAAGAAGCCCGGCCAGUGCCCCUUCCUGGUCCCCGUGCUGAGUGGCUCGUGUGACCUGGAGUGCUCGGACGACUCUCACUGCCUCGGCGACCACAAGUGCUGCAGUAAUGGCUGUGGGACGCAGUGCCUUCCGCCCAUCAUCAUGACAGCCUGCGAGCACCAGCGAACCCUCCUGGAGCACCGCGCGAGGGAGGCCGGAAUACCCGCUGGCCGCGUAUACCUGCCCGAGUGUGACGCCGAGGGGGCCUUCCUUUCCACCCAGUGCCACCCCGCGACCCUGACCUGCUGGUGUGUCGAUACGCAGGGCCAGGAGGUGCCAGGAACGCGCGUCAGCCAGCCCUCACACCCCGACUGCCAGGCGCCGUUGGUCUGCCCCGCCAUGAACUGUGACCUCGCCUGUCUGCACGGCUACAGCCUCGACGCCGCCGGCUGCCCCACGUGCGCCUGCCGCGACCCCUGCGAGGAGGUGACCUGCGCGGCGCCCCUGGAGGAGUGCCGCAUCGUCCACGUUGCUUGUGUUGAUGAGCCGUGCCCGCCGCUGCCCGUGUGUCUCCCUCGCCUGGAAAACCCCUGUCCGUAUGGCUCUCCUCUGCGCAUCAACGGCAGUGAGGUGGAGUGCGGGCCGGAGGGCAGCACGUGUCCCUCCAGCCACAAGUGUCACCUCUCGCCCCUCGGGGAGUACGCCCUCUGCUGCCCCAAGCCACGCGAGGUGUGCUAUGACCAGCGGGACUCCGGGUAUUGCGAGGGCGCCAUCAAGCGGUGGUACUUCAACCCCGAGCAGAACCGUUGCCAGACCUUCCGCUACGGGGGCUGCGGCGGCAACCUCAACAACUUCGAGAGCGAGGAGGAGUGCCUGGCCACCUGCCCGUCCCUCAGCUCCUGCGAGAGGAUGCGAGAGAAGAACAUCCGCCACGCCGAGAAGAACAAGAAGGUGACGUUCAUUCCGAAGUGCGAGCGGUCCAGCGGCGCGUGGCUGGCGGAGCAGUGCCUAGAGGAGCUGGGCGUGUGCUGGUGUGUCACGCCCAACGGAGACCAGGUGCCGGGCUCCCUCACGCGCGGCGCCCCUCAGUGUCAAGGCACGGCCAGGGCGGCGAGGAGGAUGAGCUUCGACCCCGCCACGCCCACCAAUAUGAUCUGCGAGCCCGGCCAGACGGUGCAUGUGUGUGAUAAGCAGCUGUGCGAGGGCCAGGUCUGCUUCUCGCACCCUCACGCCAUCUGCCGCGUCAACCCCUGCGGCGGCUGUUCGGUGCAGUUCGUGGACGAGUUCAAUUCCCCCGUCAACUGCGAGGUGGGCCUGAGCGAGUGCCAGAGGGAGCUGCAGCGGGUCCUCAACUCACCGGCCUUUACGAGACCUUCCUCCGUCCUGCCAACCGGCCACUCCUUCCCCGCCUCCCGCUCCACCCAAGUCCACUACGACGUCGAUCUCUUCCGUAACGUGGACGUGUACCACUCCCAACCCAUCGAGGAGGACCCCGCUGCCUCCACCUCCUUCGACAACCCCCGCCAGGGCCGCAAGAUGGAGGCUGAGGCGGCCCCCGGGUUGCUGACGGUCUCCGGGGACGUGGUGCAGGAGGCGAAACAGCACCACAGGACAGCACGCAGCACCGAUCAGCAGCAGGCAUCCCCCUUGGUGGAGUCAACCCUGGUGGACCCGCAGGACCUGGUGGAGCGACUGGUGGGGCACACAACCGCCCCCCAGAGCCCCUUCCCUGGCCAGUACCCCCCCCGCCUCACCCUGGACGACACCUUUGAGGCUGUGCCCACGGAAGAUCUAGUCCCCAAGCCAGGCACGUGCCCCAGCCCGCCCCCCGAGGCCUCCCUGCUCUCCUGCGUGCCCGGCCAGCAGUGCAUGUACGACUCGCAGUGUGACGGCACCAAGAAGUGUUGCUUUAAUGGGUGCGGGGCCGUGUGUGUGCUGCCCCAAGAAACCCCCGCCUCGGCCCAGGGCAUGGCAGUGCAGCCCCCAGCGUGUGAGACCGAUGGUUCCUACACUCGGGAGCAGCACGCCGGCGGCCUGGCCUGGUGUGUGGAUGCCCGUGGCCGACCCGUCCACGAGACACUGACCCGAGGACACGUGCGCUGCGGCCCUAAUGGCCAACUGUUGGAGCAGGUAUCGGUGGGUCUAGUGUGUCCCCGAGGUGUGCGACCACGUGUGUGCCGCUCCGAGUGCCUCCGCGCGUCCUGCCAGGCCCACCCCGACGCCGUGUGUGUGGCGGACCCGUGCAACGACUGCCGCGUCACGUUCUACAGCCCCAGCGGCGAGAAGGUUCACUGCGAGGACCGGUGCUCCCAGCCGCUGGCCAAGGGCGUGUGCCGCGCCUCCUUCAAGCGCUUCUUCUACAACACCACCGCCCAGACCUGCCAGGAGUUCGUCUUCGGCGGCUGCCUCGGCAACGACAACAACUUUGGCACCCUGGAGGAGUGCCAACAGGACUGCCAGAGCCCAGACAUCUGCAGCCAGCCAGUGCAAGCCGGGCUGUGUUCCGGCGGUGAGGCGCGCUGGUACUACAACACCGAGACCCGCAAGUGUGAGCCCUUCCUCUACAGCGGCUGUGGCGGCAACGGAAACAACUUCAGGAGCAAGAGUCAGUGUGAAUCACGCUGCCCUGACCUUGUGUUGUGCCCGUACUGGUCAGCCGCCAGCAUGGAGCCGGUGCCUUGCUCCCGCACCACCGCCUGUCACAACCAGACCUGCCACGGCCACCCCACCGCCGUGUGUCGCGCUGACCCCUGCACCUGCUCCGCCACCUUCGUUGACGAGCAGGAGCAGCCCCUCACCUGCCUCACCCCCACCGAGCCGCCCAAGACGCGCCUCGCUUUCACGUUUGAGGAGGACUCCAGCACCAACGAGGGUCAGCAGGGGCAGGAUAUGGGUGCCGGGCCAGAGGAGGAGGCAGAGGACACCCAGGGCAGCCACGGCACCGGCCCCGUCACCAUCUACCUGGAGGGCGAACCAACCCUUACACGGUGCCAGCUCCUGCAGCAGCACCUUCAGGAGAGCAACUCACUGAAGUACGUGGCCCAGUGUGACGGCGAGGGGCGCUUCAUCCCCGCGCAGUGCUACACGCCGGGACUCAGCUCAGAGGGCCUGCUGGAGGAGCCCAAGUGCUGGUGUGUGGACGAGACUGGACACAAGACCCAGCCCACCGCAUACUUCACCAGGGGAGAACGCCAGUGUGACCCAGUGGCGGUGGAGUCCGUGGUGGUGACGCUUGGCUUCAGGGGGCGGGAGGCCGGCAUGAAGCACCUUGGCAAAGUGAAGGGCAAGGAGAUCAAGGACCAGGUGAACAGUUUGCUGAAGCAGAUGACGGCAGAGACCCUGGAGAAUGACGUGGGUGUGGUGGACCUCCCCGACCUCACACAAGUCAAGUUCACGCUCCUUGGCAACAACAAGAUCGACGUCGCCUACCAGCUGGAGGAGAAGGUCAAGAAGGGAGAGCUGGCCCUGGAGCUGAAUGAGGAGCGGCUGCCGGCAGACCUUCGCGCGUCUUGGUUCCAUCACCAGGUGUCUGAGCCGCGCUGGAGGGACCCCCAGGCUGUGCAGGGCGGCGCUGGGGAGGUGGUGAGCGAGGCGGUGACCUUUGAGCCACCCUACCUGGCCGCCACGGUGGUGCUGACGGUGGUGUCGGCCAUGCUGGUGUGUGGCUUGGUGGUGGCUGCCGUGCUGUACCGCAGACACAAGACAGGACACUACCCAAAGGGCCCCAGAGGUUCCAUGCAGUCCCUGGCGUUCAGCGAGGCAUCUCUUGACCGCCGCAGUGCCUCCCGGCUCUCCCAGCAGUUCCAGCCACCACCACCACCACGCAGACCAACCGUCACCACCGUGGAGAACGAGUACCGCAGCGGCCGCCACUAAGCCAGCCAGGGUCAGCUUGGGGCGGCCGGGAAGCCUCCGUGCGGGCGGGGCGGCUCAAGUCUGUGUCUAAGGAUCACAAAUUCACACACUGCACCAGGGAGGGGACGGGGCAGAGACGAGGCACAGGAUUCACUUGUUUUAGCGGUAAUUGACUUCUGGUCUAGUUGUAUUUGUAGCUCUUAGUUUGUUUAAUUCAGGUAAUAUAGUGGAGGGGUCUGUUGUAUACGUAAUGUGGUGUGGUCAUUUGUGGCAUGUCCUGCGCUGUGUGGAUGCUGCAGGGAACCACGUCUGCUGUGUUUGGGGUGGAGAGGCACACUGAGGAGGCUGUCGUGUGUGUGUGCUGAGGUCGUCAUGCAUUUAUUGUUCCCUUGUUUCACUGAUUUUUGGCCAGCUGUUCUUUGUCACCUCAAUUUUUCACGUUUUUUCUCAAGAACGCAGCAACGUGUCAUCCAUUCCCUCUGUGAGCAAACACAAUUACGAAGCAGGUAUUGGUGUCAUGGGAUUAUAGAGUUGAUUUCUACGUAAUUUGCCACGUAAGUCAAUCAAGACGAAAUAAUGAAGCAGGUAUUGAUGUUACAGGAUUAUAAAGAGUUGAUUUAUACGUAAUUUGUCACAUACAUCAAUCAAGACAAAAUAAUGAAGCAGGUAUUGAUGUCAUGGGGUUAGAAAGAGUUGAUUUAUACGUAAUUUGUCACAUACGUCAAUCAAGACAAAAUAAUGAAGCAGGUAUUGAUGUUACGGGAUUAUAAAGAGUUGAUUUCUACGUAAUUUGUCACAUACAUCAAUCAAGACAAAAUAAUGAAGCAAGUAUUGAUGUCAUGGGGUUAGAAAGAGUUGAUUUCUACGUAAUUUGUCACAUAAGUCAAUCAAGACGAAACGAUGAAGCAAGUAUUGAUGUCAUGAGAUUAUAAAAGAGUUGAUUUCUACGUAAUUCGUCACAUAAGUCAAUCAAGACAAAAUAAUGAAGCAAGUAUUGAUGUCAUGGGGUUAGAAAGAGUUGAUUUCUACGUAAUUUGUCACAUAAGUCAAUCAAGACGAAAUAAUGAAGCAAGUAUUGAUGUCAUGGGAUUAUAAAAAGUUGAUUUCUACUGAUUCCUCACAUAAUCGAGAGUACCAACACAGUUUCGUCUAAGAGCAGCAUCCGUUUGUGUCCCCAGCAGGAGUUUAAUUGUUCCAUUCUCACUAACCAUUUGUCUUUUGUGAUAAUGUUAACUAUGGUCACCUUGCACUAGACUGAUCCAGAAGCCCAGUCCCCUUUUUCUGUAGCUAUAAGAACCGACUGAUUAAAUGAAGGGAACUUGGAGCUAAAAGUCUAAGGUUCAUAUUCUUAAACGUAUCAGGCACCCAUUAGACAAUUUUUCAAGGCCUCAGGGAAGAGUAACCGGGUUUUCAUGGGUGAUUUUGUAAUGCCAGAUUUUUGUAAGGAAAGGAAAAUGUGUGUAUGAGUCAAAAGUGCGGGCAAAUAAGUGUUAAGUGAGAGGCUGCAGUGACCAUUAACUUUAUCAUGGUGAGAAAAUUAACGGUCACUGUGGCCUCUCACUUAACACUUAACACUUAUUUGCCCUCAUUUUUGACUCCAACAUACAUUUUCCUUUCCUUACAAAAAUCUGGCAUCACAAUUUUCCAGUUUAAGGGUGCAGAGGUCAUGCUGAACCAUCACCAGGAUCACAAAACACUCCAUGGAAAGCAUAUAGCAACUUCUACGAGAGGCUUUUCAAAGAGACAUUUCAAAAUACAAACCUAUAGGGUCGAAUUAUGAGACAUUUCGCCGCCCAAGAACACAUAUUUGACCAGACUUUCGUAGGAGUUGUGGGCAUUUCCAGGGGUAGUUUUAUGACCCUGGUGGUAGUUUCAUCCUUCCUCUGUCCCCUAAGCAUAAAAAAACACUCAUUAGAACCUGAUUGAUCCCCCCUUUGACCUUUAGAUAUAGCUGAUGUGAGAAGGCAAAGUGUCUUGUAAAACCAGACAUAUUACUUUCAAGGGAGGGUAAGGUAGGGAUUUUCUGGUCCAGUUUAGUAUAUGUAGACUAUAUAGUAAUUAAAAGUGGCAGAUAUCAACCAUGCCAGGAGUUACAUUGCAGGGCCUAACACAGUAGAGAAAUAAACCUUAGUGUGUAAUGCAAGGAAAAUUAGGCCAGUUAUAUUAGAGUUAAACCGUGUACGUACUCUCUUAAUCUGUGUUUCCUCCUCCUGCCUACGACUUACACUCAUUCACGAGGAGCGUAUCAAGGCACCUCUGCACCUGAAAUUAACCUCUCUUUUGGUCUUUCACUCUUAGUUUUUUGCCUUGAGCUGUCUUCCUUGCUGUAAAAAUAAAUAAAUAAUGAAAAAUAACAUCAUGGAGGAGCAGGCUGAGACAAGCUAACAUACACACAUGGUUCAACUUUGACAUAACUCGCCAAAUUUCCUUACAAGUGUAGCCAACAGCAGUGUGUCAGGAGGCGAUCUGGGUAGCUAGGAAACCGCAUUAGAGGAGAGGAAUUAAACCUGCAAUCUUAAACAGACCGCAUUUAGGGUGACCUACUAGUACAGGGAUAGACUAACGUGCGCUUGCUUUAGCAGGGGAAGAGAACCUGAAUUAAGCUAAACUGUCAAUUGUUCUUGUAGCCACAGCGAAGUAAGUCUGUAUCGUAUGUAUCAAAGCUCCAUCAUGGCCUCAGAGAAAGGGAAGAGGUUGUUUUUUUAGUUACUCAGAAAGACACAGGUUGAGCUUUAGAGGGAAUUAUUAAGGAAAUUUGGAGAUACACGAAUUAGCACUGCAGAAAGGAAGAAAAAUAAAGCUAAUCACGGCCCUGGAGAAAGGAAAGAGCUGUUUUUAGUUACUCAGAAAGACACAGGCUGAGAGUUAGAGGGAAUUGUUAAGGAAAAUUAGAAGUAUGACCUCAAAAAUGCAUUACAGAAAGAAAGAAAAAUAAAGCUAUAAUGGAUGUCAAAUAGAAGAGAAUGAUUAUACUAUGAAAAUUCCUUGUCUAUUGAAGUGUUUGGUGUUGAUGUAGAAGAUAAGAAGUCAAAGGAAAUCAAUUAGAAGUAUUAACUCGAAAUGUCACCACAGAAAGGAAGAAAAUAAAGCUAUAAUGGAUAUCAAAUAGAAGAGAUUGAUGAUACUAUAAAAAUUCCUUGUCUAUUGAAGUGUUUGGCAUUGAUGUAGAAGAUAAGAAGAAGUCAGAGGAAAUCACACAGGAAAUAUCUCUCCUUCAAGCCGAGCAGAAAAGAAUGACCACAACACUAGUACGAAAAUUCCUUGUGUUAAAAUGUUUGUUGAUGUAGGACGUAAAAAUCUAAGGACACCACACCUAAAAAUCUCGUCUUGUAGUUUAUCAAGUAGAAGCGAAGGAAGAUUAUCGAGAAUACAGUUUGGUUCAAGUAGAAAAUUUGACCAAGAUAAACGAAAACUAUCAUAAAAAUCUCGUCUAAUGUUUGGCGUUGAUGUAGGACGUAAAUAUCUAAGAAAAUCACACCAAAAAAAUCUCAUCUUGUAGUUUAUCAAGUAGAAGCGAAGGAAGAUUAUCGAGAAUACAGUUCGGUUCAAGUAGAAAAUUUGACCAAGAUAAACGAAAACGAUCAUGAAAAUCUCGUCUAAUGUUUGGCGUUGAUGUAGGACGUAAAUAUCUAAGAAAACCACACCAAAAAAAAUCUCAUCUCGUAGUUUAUCAAGUAGAAGCGAAGGAAGAUUAUCGAGAAUACAGUCUGGUGCAAGUAGAAAAUUUGACCAAGAUAAAAGGAAAACGAUCAUGAAAAUCUCGUCUAAUGUUUGGCGUUGAUGUAGGACAUAAAAAUCUAAGAAAACCACACCUAAAAAUCUCGUCUUGUAGUUUAUCAAGUAGGAAAAAUGAAGAUUAUGAAGAAUAUGGUCCUGUUUCGGGGGCUUACGUAAGAUGACCCUGUGUUGGACCGUGGCACUGGUUGGCCCUCUAUGGGGACCUACCGGCACUGUCUCCACCAACGCCGCCGCCGCCUCCGCUGACACCCAAGUUGACGCAGCGAUCCGUGAUGUGACAACCUAUGGCGAACACGUUUUAUCAGAGUUUUGAGGCAUUUUUACAUGCUUGCUUACGUACCAAUACUGUGUGUGUAGAUUAGGUAUUUUUCUAGACAUUUUUAAACAUAGCCACCUUUGUAUACAAGAAGGUUCCAUACUCCCCCUCUCUGUAUGUUUUCCCUAGGUAUGGUUGUGUUGCUGGAAGUCUAGCAUAACACCCGUGAAUUAGAGUUACGGUAUCGGAAAUCUUUGUACAUGUCAAAACAGGAAGAUUAGGGUAAAUAAUAUAUAUUCCUUUGUGAUAGAGAGAGGAAGGAGAGGAAGAAGAAGAGGGGGAAGAUGGGGUAGAAGGAACGGAAGGAAGAAAAAUAAAGGAGAUAUCUUACGUAAUCUAAUCUUCCUGUUUAAACCUAUAUAAAAAUUCCCAUAUCCUUAACGCUAACUCCCGGGUGUUAUACUGGACUUCUGGCAAUACAUGGUUACAAUUACGAUGAUAAUCCACGCGUAUGUAUCGAUGAAGAUUAUUACAUACUAGACGAACCAUAGUGUUUUAGCAAUAAUAAUGCCUGUAUCAUAAGUGCACAAACUACUAUUAUAUAUUCAUGUUCUAUGCACCAGACAUAAUAAUUUGAAGUGGGUAAUCAGUUUUGAGCAGUCCCUAAUGUGUGUGUUUGUUUGUGUGGGUGGGUUGGUGAUUGUGUGUGUGUGUGUGUGUGUGUGUGUGUGUGUGUGUGUGAUUGUCAAGUAUGUUCAGUAUACCAUCUUUUCUUUCCUCUUUUUAUUCCUCUUCCUCUCAUCUACUCUUCAGCACUCCCCUCAUCCUAUUUUAUUCUGUUUUUCCUCUUUAUUCCUUCAUUCUUUCAUCUAAAUCUCUCUCCUCCUCUCUCUCACUUUAAUAUAUUCCUCAACCUCCCAUUUUAUUCUUUCCUCUCCUUAUUCCUUCAUUCAUUUCUCUCUCUCCCUUCUUCUUUUGCUCGUUUUCUUUUAUUCUCAUGCUCUUUUUUUCUUCUCUGACUUUAAAUUUCUCAAAAUCCCACUUUAUUCUUUUAUUCCCCUCUCAUUCCUCCAUUCAUUUAUCUCUCUAUCUCUCAUCCUCUCACUCUCAAUUUCUUUCUUUCCCUCCCUUUCUCUCUCUCUCUCUUCAGCAUCCUCAUCAAUUAUUAAAAGGCUCAAUCUCAUCAGAAAGUCUUGUGGUGUGGCGUGAAGGCUCGUACGUAACACUGCUUCACCCCCCCCUCCCUUCCUUCCUUCCCUCCCUCGUGUAAGAUAACUUGAUUGCCUUGCCUUGGAGAACGGAAAUUAUGUAUUGUAGUUUUACGUAUGUGGGUGUUAUUCUAGAUUUUUUUUCCCUGGCUUUUGAAAUAUGGGUGUAAUUGGGGUUUUGUUUUUUUUAGAUAUGAUCGGCUGCAUAAUAAUAUAGUGAUGUAGUUAUUAUUGUCUAUUAUUAUUAUUGUUAUUUAUUUAGUGUAUUUAUUGUUUAUAUUUUUUACUCUAAGUCAUUAUGUAUUAGUUUUUUUGUUUUUUUAUUGAGAAAAUGUAUAUUAGCCUUAUUAUAGUGAUUAUGCUUUGUUUUUUUCAAUUUUUUAUAAAAGCCAUUUAAUUAUGUUUUCUUAAUUACUUCAACUUUUGAUUACUCAUUUGCCCUUCAUAUAGAUAUCAUGCAUUAUUUUUCCUUAAUUUCCUAUGUAAGCCAUUUAAUUGUUUUCUUAAUUAUCUAAACUAACUUUCAUCUUGCCCUUCUUAUACUUAUCAUGCUUUCUUUUUCUUUAAUUUUCUAUGUAAGCGAUUUCAUUAUGCUCUUCUUAAUUGUGAAUAGGAAUUGUGUCAACUUCUAAUCUGACUCUUAUUUCAUUACAUCAUUUUUCUAGUUUCUUAAUUAUCUUGACUCUUAAUCCGGACUCCCAUAUCGCACACUGAAAUUUUGGGGGUAUUAUCAAUUGUUAUCGUCAUAGUAAAUAAUUCACAGCGAUUCAUUGUACUGUAUUAAUGUUUUUGAUCCGAGAGUUAACGUGUUCACUGUUUCCCCGAUAAAGUGUCUUCAGUCGUUCGUUUUGAGGUAUGCCACCUUUGACAGAGACCCCGACCUUGCGUUUGUUCGCUGGUUUGUUUCUGUGGUGGUGUCCCUGCCUCCCAACCUUGAUCUUUGGGGUAUAGCAUUUAUUUUGGCGUAUUUGUAAUUCUUCAUUUCUGUAGCAUAUUGGCUCCUCUGUUGCUUCUAUUUUAUUUCUUUUCAGUAAGUUUCCAUGGCUAAAAAUGCUUAAUUUCUUUUUUUAACUACUAAUUCUUCAAAUCAAUUCUUUGUUAUUUUAUAGUCAUAUAUGCAGUUCUCCUUUUCUAGCAUAGUAACUCACCUAUUGCUAUUGUUUAAUUUCUUUUCAGUAAGUUUUCAUUACAUGGAUUGGCUGCAAAUGCUCGAAACUUUUUCAUAGCCAGUGUUUUAUAUCAGUUCUAAAUGUUUCUUAUACUAGCCAUUCUUCUUUUUUUUCUUUUUUUUUUAAUAACAGUUCAUCUGUAACUUCUACUUAACUUUUCAGUAUCUUUACCUAUUGUUUUUAAGUACUUGGAUUAGUUCUAUUUUAUAUCCUUUUUUUUAUCAGUAAAUAUAUGUUGAUUUUGUGCACUCUGGGUUACUGGUGUUUGUCUUCAAUCACUCAUAGUUUCCUCAGUAGUUCUCCCACUAACUAAAGCUUUAGUCAGCAUUCUUAAGUAUUUUCAGAAAGGGUUCAUACUUUUACAAUUUUUUCCAACACAUUUUGUUUCCCUAAUGAUUUGAUCCCUUAGUUCACUCGCUUUCCACAAACUAAACUUUUUGUUGCCAUUUUUAAGUAUUUUCAGAGGCUUAGUAUAUUUGCUAUUGGUCUGAUUCUCUGUCUAACCCAGUUUUAAUUUCCUUUGUGACUUGAUCCCUUAGUUUCCACCCUCAUCCCUCUCUCUCUUCCUCCCUCCCUCCCUCAACAGCUGGGCCUCGCUGGGUCUAAUCUCCCUUCUGUAUAUUUGUACAUAACGUCAACACUCCUGUCUUCCCAACACACUCCCUCCCCCCUUCCUCGUGUCCCCAAUGGUGUGAUGACGGUGUCCAUUUGUAUCAUAUAUUUAAGUUGCGUCAAGUAAAAGUACAUAAAGAA